UGCGGCUUUUUGCUCGGUUCGGUCACCUUGUUAUAUCUUCUUAUCUUUUUUCGUUUCUCUCUUCUCAGUGUACCUCGUUGCUUGUUAGUUUUCUUCAUUCUUCGCCAGAUCAGACCAGGCCAGGUCAAGUCGUCCUAUUUACUGAAGCACAACUUCACAACUUCCAAAUGUCGCUCAAGGAUAGGAUCUCGUCACCCCUCGAGGCUGGUACCUCAAUCCUCGAUGCCCACCACCUGCCACCGCAUCUGGCACCGGCUCUCGAGCAUGUAUCUUCGCGUCUGGCCCGCAAGUCGCAACAUAUCACGCUUGUCGUAGCCCGUCGGGAUUAUCAACUCCCUUCUGUUGUGCCUCCCAAGGGUCUGCUGACUCCGACGACUCCUUCACCACUAUCUCCUGGUCUUCGGUUGAACCUCUCUCAGGGUCCUGUCUCCAGGCUCAAAUCGCUGGUGAGAACUGGUUCUUCAACAUCCCUGCGGUCGAUGAAUUCUCCGCGGAGUGCUUUGUCUUCACCCGGUCAGGUCCCCCCGCUUGAAGCGUCCAGCCCUCGGUUCAGAUGGCCUCUUUCACCAUCCACGCCAAUGUCUCCUCCUCCCAUGACACCUUGCACCGCAUCAUCGACGACCACAGAUACCAUGAGCUCUAUGAUGAGCGCAUCGUCAGGCUUCGGUAUGCGACUUAUCCACACCAACGAGCUCCACCCUAGGUCCGAAAAGAUCCUCAACUCAAUUUUGACCAAGACGGAGAAGAAGUUCGCGAUAGGCACUGAGUGGCUAUCACCUGCUGUCAGAGCUUCCUCAUGCGGGCUCACGAACCAGCUCAUCCAUAGCUCCAUCAUCCAGAACGAGGUCCUUUUCUGCUCCGAAGGCCUCACAGUUCUAUCACUUGAUAGAUUGUACAGUCUCAAGAGUGCCUUGUCCAGCUAUUCCAAAACGAAAUCCCACCUCCGUCUCGAAGACGCCGUUGACGAACUCCGACGUAUCAUACUGGCAACCAAUGGUGCAAAGGUUUCGAAAACCGCCAUCCUCCGAUCGUAUGACUGGCUGAGUGUGUCUAAUUGGGCACUUGUGGACCUUGAUCGCAUGUAUAGGCGAGCAUAUGGAGGACCAGAGCAGUAUGGUGGUAUCUCAGGUCUUACUAGCUUUGCGGAGCCAGCCAUCCAACCUAUCAGCGACUCACAAGAACGAUACAAGGAAGAAGAGGCUGAGGAGGCGACAAUAGGCAUUGCUGUCUCCAAAGGGAAGACGCCCUCGCCGAAGCCUCUGCUUAAACUCCAGACAAAUUUCACUCCGGGACCCAUUCUGAAACCGAAGCCCAAGAAAAUUGAAGUCCCAGCUCCAGUUUCGGUUCCAGCUCAAGCUCAAGCUCAAGCACCAACUCAGACCGAAGUAGAAGAGGAGGAAGACGGCGAUCGCACGGCACGACCGACAGAUCAAUUGUAUUUCACAAUGCAGCAAUGGGAGCCACCUUCGACGAUAGAUCAAAUCUUAACCGCCGGUCCCAUCAAUCGAAGCGCUUUCAGUCCCCUCACACCAACACCCAUCAUGAGUCCAGCAUCACCAAGAUUUGGGCCGUUAACCCCGCAUGACUAUGACGAUAUUUCGCCCACCACGCGAGGAGAAUGGGGCUUCAUGAUGGCAGACAAUGCCUUCCAGAGUGGUCGCAAGGCCGGAGUUGAGAUCUUUUGAUAUUGUAGGCUUAUUUGUUUUGUUUUGUCGGUUGCAUGGCGAGCGUUUGGCUUCAAGACACCCCAUUUGUUCGAUUGCACGUAUGCUUGGCAUAUUAGAUCUUAGCGUUAUAGAGGGCGGCGUAUGUUUGUGGAGUAAAUAUGCUGGACAAAAAUGGGGGAGGAU